AGAAAAUGUUUCCGACGAGCUACCAGUCAAAAUCAGAUAUAUACAUAAUAGACGUAAACAUGAAGAAAGAGAGAGCUUCAUAUAUAGGCGAUAAUGGCAAGCUUGGAACAGCCAAUUGCUGGGAAAGAACGUAAUCAUCGUUCGGUGGCUGUUCCCAGUUUGGCAAUGAAAGAGGAUAUGGGGAAAGAUUUCAGCGACUCUCAGUCUCAGCCUUCUUGGUUCAGCCCCAAGGCCCUACUUUUGAUAUUUUGUUCAAUCAACCUGAUAAAUUAUGUGGAUCGAGGAGUAAUAGCAAGCAAUGGAGUAAAUGGUGGUAUUACGACUGAGUUUAAAAUGAGUAAUUUUGAAGAUGGUAUUAUAUCUUCUGCUUUCAUGGUUGGACUUCUUUUGGCAUCCCCAGUAUUUGCAUCUUUGGCAAAGAGUGUUAAUCCUUUCAGGCUUAUUGGAGCUGGUUUAUCAGCCUGGUGUUUCGCUGCUGCUGGUUGUGGAUUAUCAUUCAAUUUCUUCUCCAUGACAUUCUGCCGCAUGGUAGUUGGUAUUGGCGAGGCUUCUUUCAUUAGUCUUGCAGCUCCAUUCAUUGAUGAUAAUGCUCCACCUGCCAAGAAAUCAGCUUGGCUUGCAACUUUUUACAUGUGUAUACCAGCUGGAAUUGCUUUGGGGUAUGUCUAUGGUGGACUUGUUGGGAGUCACUUUGGUUGGCGCUAUGCAUUCUUUGGAGAAGCCAUUUUUAUGCUCCCAUUUGCUAUUCUUGGUUUUGUCAUGAAACCUUUGCACUUGAAAGGCUUUGCCUCAUCUGGACCCACGAAGGAAGCCUCAAAAGUUAAAGAUGGUGGAGAUAUUGAUGUUGGUAAACUGCCCAUGAAUGGCAACUUUGUCAGUCAAAGGCCUAAAAAAUCUCUUAGCCAGGAUCAGUUUUCAAGGUUUCUGAAAGAUGUUAAAGUCCUUUUACUGGAAAGAGUUUAUGUUGUAAAUGUUUUAGGUUACAUUGCAUACAACUUUGUCAUAGGUGCAUACUCUUACUGGGGGCCAAAAGCUGGCUAUUUGAUAUAUCAAAUGAAUGAUGCAGACUUAGUUUUUGGAGGGAUUACAGUUGUUUGUGGAAUAGUAGGGACGGUAGCCGGUGGUUACAUCCUUGAUUGUAUGACAUGCACCAUUCCCAAUGCAUUUAAGCUUCUAUCUACAGCAACAUUUUUUGGGACUGUCUUUUGCUUCUCUGCCUUCUGCUUCAAGAACAUGUAUGUUUUCCUGGUGCUUUUUUCAAUUGGUGAGAUGCUUGUAUUCGCCAUACAGGGUCCUGUAAAUUACAUUUCUCUUCACUGUGUUAAACCAAGCAUGAGACCAAUCGCAUUGGCUAUGUCUACAGUCUCUAUUCAUAUAUUUGGAGAUGUCCCUUCUUCGCCCCUUGUUGGGGUUCUUCAGGAUAGUAUCAACAACUGGAGGAUUUCGGCUCUUAUCUUAACAUCUGGUUUCUUUGUGGCAUCUGCAGUAUGGUUUACAGGGAUCUUCCUUGAAGCCACAGAUAGAUUCACUGAGGAUACCGAGAAUCCUACAACGACAACUGACAAUUCUACAACAACAACUCCAUUGCUAGGAGAUGAAUCGGCUGGUGAAGCUUAAUGACACAUCAUAUUCCUAAUUUAACAUUUCUUUGUAUGAAAGAAAUUUGCAUUGGUAAGUAAGAAGAUGAUGCAAUUCAGAUGUAAAUCUAAUGUUAUACAAGAUCUCAAUGCUAAGCUGCUGCUGUUUAAUCUCA